AUGGCCUCUGGCGGUUUUGCUGUUUCUACCAACAGCAACGGUCUCGGCCCACUACCGCCGUCUGCACACGGCUAUGACCCGAUACCGACGCACUUUGUGUAUGAGCAUCCUGUCAGUCCGCCCCCCGGCCAAGGAGUCUCGUUUGCCUCAGAAAGUGUGCCACCGCUCAUGGACUCCGGUCUGCCGCGCGACUAUAUGCCGCUCAGCAGCAGCUCUAGCCUCCGCCACAUCGAUGGCGCCAGCAGCUCGGGUAGUUGGACAACCUCGUAUACACUGUCCUCAUCCGUCAGUUCGUCUGCCAGGCAUGGCUGUACCACAAUUGACGAUCUGUAA